AUGCAGUAUGAAUAUGCACCAAAAGCUCAAAAUGAAGAUUUACCGAUGGAUUUAGGUGAACUACAAGACAUUUUUAGUUUUGAAUUCAUGGGCGGAAGGCCUAUUCUUAAUUUUAUCUUGGCUGUUUUGUGGAGUAUCGGUUUGCCCGUGUUGAUAUACAAUAUCUUGAAGCCACAUCUAGGCCAAGUAGUCUCUAUGGUCAUAGCCUCCGCUCCACCGCUGGCCAUUGUCAUCACGCGCAUGGUUCGAGAUCAUUCAUUCGACCCCUUAGGUUGUGUGGCUGGUGUUAGUUUUCUUAUAUCUGGGAUUCUGUCCAUCGCUCAACCUAAUGAACGAGUGAGUGCAGUUUGUGAAGGCUUGGUGUCUCUUUUUGUAGGCGUUAGUUGCAUUAUAUCGAUAUUACCUAUUACAAUAGGAAACCAUACUUUCAAACCUUUGGUAUUUCAGCUUGCAACUCAAGUUAUGCCACGCCCAUCAGACGACGAAGAUCUCCAAAAGCACGAUGAUUCUAGGUUAACGUCUGCUGUCUCCUCUUCCUCAAAGGACAAAGACCAGCAACCCCAGCAUCUUCAAUCGAAAGGCCGAUCAGGCUUGGAAUUCUUAUACAACAACAUGGCCAAGUUCAGACACGAUAUGCGCUUCAUGACAGCUACAUGGGGUGUGCUUCUGAUAGCUGCGUACAUUAUCAAAGUUAUUAUUGUCUUUACAAGCACAAGUAUGUGGAAAGCCCAGUGGGCAGGUUUUAUUUUGUUUGGUUUAGCGACCUUCUUUAUGGGUAUCUUUACCUGGUUCUAUACAAAAAUUGUCAAAGGGAACGUCCUCAAGCAAAUACAAGUUUGGAAGCGGAACGAGGAAGAACAGAAGGUACAAAGAAUGGAUGCACGGACAGAAGCCGUUCAUAAUGUAAACUGGGGUUUAAAUUCAAUGUCCAACGUCUUCAGUCAAAUUGCGGGAUCUCCCAUUUGA